AAACUUUACAGUGAAGGAGGAGACGUCUGCUGUCCGCUGGAAACACUUCUGAAAUUUAAUUUCUUCAUACUGUUGUAGUGAAUGAUGAGCAGUCGGACUGAAAAUUUUCACCUGUCUGUUCUCUGUUGGAUCAUCUGACUCUUCUAUAACACCUUUCCUCUCUGGUGACACACAGUCGCUCUGAAUGAAUUUCAGCUUGCUCAGGUCUGAUACUGCUAAACAUUUUGUAUUUUGUUUCUUUGUUGUGAGAAAAACUAGUUAAAGAGCAAAGUUUUGCUGACCUGUGGUGCUUCAACUUCUCAGUGGUCGCAGUGAUGUAGAAAUGUACUCCAGGGUGUGUCCGCACAGCGAGCAGUGCAGAGAUGAUUACCUGAGUCACCAUACAGUGAUGUCAUCAGGAGGAGGGAAUAAAAAGCUGAGUCUGAGCUUCUUGGCUUUCAAGGAAAAGCACUUUCAUCACUUCCUUCCAUCGUUUCCUUCAAGUUCCUUCAAGGACUGAGAAGCUUAGCUUAAAGUGUCUGAAACCUGUUGAGACUCUACACAGUUGGGUGAAAGCUGUGGGAACACUGACCUUAAAUCAGACUUCAGUCAUGUAUGAUAUAUAUGAUGAUCUGCUGGGUUUUGUACUCAGAUUGACCAAACAUGUAAUGAACUUACAUCAAGAACCUGGUUCACCUGAACAAUAGCUGUGCUUGUGUUUUAUACUUCCUUACAUGAAUUAACCAUGUGAACUAUUCCCAAAGAAAAAAGCACAUGUGAAAUUCAUGUUUUCAUAUGUGAAAUAUGAUAUAUCACAUGCCAAUUUUUGACAAAAUAAUCUCAACUCAAAGCUCACUUACUAGCUUUUUCUGGAGUUUUUAACCAUAUUGCACAGUCUUCAUCAGCAAAUGGACUUUGUCAAAUGUGGUUUUCUUCAAUCUCCCUUUUUUGCUGACAGAAUUGUAUCAUACAAGUACAUGGAAUAAUGUUUGGACCUAUUCUUUUUAUUUGGUUAAGUUGUUCUUUAUAUUGUUGUAUAGUCAUAAUUGGUAUAAUUAUAAUUAUAAAAUAAUAUAGUUUAGAGUGGUAGAGAGGAAGAGGCGUCUCAGAUGUGAUUGUUGUUUUCUCAGCUUGUUCUGCAGGUAGAUGAGAAGGUGUGAAACUUGCAUCCUUUAAACGUCUCCUUUCUCUCCUUCUGUCACCUUCCCUCCUCCCUCCUCAUGUUCUAGUUGUUUCUAUGUGUUGAGCUGACCUCCAUCUUGAUGAUCUACAGCCUCCUCCUCCCCAACCUGCCCUGACUUCUACACCUCAGACUUGAACUCCACAACACCCCCCCCCCCACCCCCUUCCCUCAGUCUUGACCACUGACCUCUAACCUCUGAGCCGGCUGUUCUUCCACAACAACAACAUGGAUCUGAAACGUUUUGGAGGUGAUAUCUGCUGCAUCCCUGGCACUUAAACAUUCCACACCCUCCUCCACCUCUCCUCUGUCAGUCUAACUCUGGCUGGUCAGGAACGUCUCCUCCUAGCCACCGGCUAGUCUGAACACUCAGCCACUUCCUGUCCCGUCCUCCUCAGGAGUGGCAGCGUCCAUCAUGUCGGAGGGGCUGCUGCAAGUGGAGAUCCCGGACUUUGGCAGCAGCGUGCUGGGCAGCCUGAAUGAGCAGCGGCUGCAGGGACAUUACUGCGAUGUCUCCAUCCUGGUGCAGGGUCAGGCCUUCAAGGCGCACCGGGCCGUCCUCGCCGCCUCCUCACUCUACUUCAGAGACCUUUUCAGCUCUGCAGCUGAGUCCUCUUCCUCCUCCUCCUCCUCCUCCUCCCAGGCGGUGUUCGAGCUGCCAUCCUCAGUAACACCGACGUGUUUCCAGCAGAUAUUGUCGUUCUGCUACACGGGACGUCUUAGCAUGGCCACUAGUGAGCAGCUGGUCCUCAUGUACACUGCCGGCUACCUGCAGAUCCAGAACAUCGUGGAGCGAGGCAUGGAGCUGAUGAUGAUGAAGGCCUCUUCCUCCUCCUCCCCUCUCUGCUGUGACUCACAGACGACCUCAGCAGAUGAGCUCGGGGGCUUCGACACCUCAAUAGUCCAGCAGCAGCAGCAGCACGGUGCCCCCCAGCUGCAGGAGGCCAGUCCAGACCAGCCGUCCUUGAGCCCUGAGGAGCUGCUGCUGGCUGUCAGCAGGAUCAAACAGGAGAGAGCCGACACACCUACCGGUGAGGAGAACGGCGGAGGAGGAGAGGAGGCCAGAGUGGACAUUUCGGGGGACCUCCAGACCUCCAGGGGCAGUGCUCUGUGUUACCUGGGUGCAGGUGGAGGUUUGGUUCCGGGGCUGCAGUCCUACCUGCUGGCAGGCGGGGGGCGCUCUAGUCCAGGAGGAUCCAGCCUCCCCACGGACUCCCCUCCCUCCCACCCUGCCACCGAGGAGGAGCUGGAGGAGGAUUACUAUGGCAACACUGUCCAUGCCGGACUAUACCAACACAUCUACGGUCACCCUGGUAACCACUACAUCCAAGAGAAGAUGGAGAUGCUGCCCCUCCCAUUGGCUAAUGAGCGUCGGCCUUGUGUGCUGGUUGGUCGAGACAACAUGGCCCUACCUGCCAGUCUGAUCAGUCAGAUCGGGUAUCGCUGUCACCCGUCCCUCUACACUGAGGGAGACCCGGGAGAGAAGGUGGAGCUGGUGGCAGGGUCAGGUGUGUUCAUGACGCGUGGUCAGCUGAUGAACUGUCACCUGUGUGCUGGAGUCAAACACAAGGUGCUGCUCAGGAGACUGCUGGCUACGUUCUUCGAUAGAAACACUCUGGCCAAUAGCUGUGGGACAGGGAUCCGCUCCUCCACCAAUGAUCCGAGCCGAAAGCCGCUGGACAACCGAGUGUUAAACACCGUCAAAUUGUACUGUCAGAACUUUGCUCCUAACUUUAAGGAGAGUGAGAUGAACGUCAUUGCGGCCGACAUGUGCACCAACGCCCGGAGAGUCCGUAAACGUUGGCUCCCCAAGAUCCAGUCGCUCCUCCCCGACAGCCUCCCCGCCUCCUCCCACCCCCGCAAGAGCAAGAAAGGAGGAGGAGGUCAGGGCGGAGGAGGAGGUCAGGGAGGAGAAGCUUCGGUGCAGCCCAGCGGCAGCCCCUUCGAGCUGGACCUGCGGCAGCUCAGCGCCUCCUACCUGGGCCUGGAGUCUCCGUUGUACGCCGAGCGGCGGGAGCGCGAGAGGGAGGCGGCGGCAGAGCGAGAGAGGGAGAAGGAGGCCCUCCUGCCUCACCUGCAGUUCGUCGGGUCUCGUGGGGGAGGAGCGGGGCAGGCGGAGGAGGGGCUGAUGGGAGGCGAGGCGGACGGGGGAGGGAGGCUACAGACUGAGCAACCCCCAGAACUCCCCCUCUCCCUGUCCUCCUCCUCCUCCGCCUCUUCCUCCUCUUCCUCCUCCUCCUCCUCCUCACACCCCUCCCCCCAGCCUGCAGAGCCCGCCCCCACUCACAGGGGAUUGGCCGACACAGAUGAGAGGGGGGCGGAGCCACUUGAAGACAGCCAAUAAGCUUUCUAUUGCAUCUGCCUACCUGUAUGUAAAUAACACAAUAGCUACCUGUCCCCCGUCUGUCUGUUUCUACCUGUCUGUCUCCCUACCUCACUACCUGUCCACCUGUCUGUCUCUACCUGUCUGUCU